AUGGCGGAGAAGCGCGAGGAGCUGCUGGUGAGUGUGAAGCGCCUGCUGCGCUCGCUGCUGCUCUCGGAGAAGGACGGCCUCACCCCGGAGAGGCUGCAGCUUGACUACCGCACGUUCACCGGCUCCGCGCUGCCCUACGCCAAGCUGGGACAGUCCUCCACGCUGGGCCUCCUGCAGUCGAUGCCCGACGUGGCGCGCGUGGAGAUACACCCCACGCGGGGGCUGGUGCUGCACGCCAUCUCUGUUGAUGUCACCAAUGGGAUGUCACGAUUGAUUUCCAGCCACAAAAGGAGGAAGAGGGGGAGGUCGCGGCCAGCCGAACGUGUGCGCUGCGUCCCUGCGCCUCUGCCGUCGUGGCUGCGCGUGAUGCUGGGCUCCGUGCUCCACGCCCACCCGUCCGGCCUCGCCGUUGCCGAUCUGCCCGACGCGUUCAUGCGCCGCACGGGAAUCUUCCUCAACUGGCGCAGCCUCGGCUACGACUCCCUGGAGGCCAUGCUGGCCUACACCGCGGACAUCGUCGCCAUGGAGACCCUGCCCACGGGGCGGGUCGUGCUGCGCAGCGCGGUCGACGCGAGCCGGGGCGCUCCCAAGCGGAGAGGGCAGCCCACCCAGCCCACCCAGCCCACGCGGCCCACCCAGCCCACGCCGUCGCCACAUCAACAAGAAGAUUCCGGGCAGGUGAGAGCGACUCCGGAGAGCAGAUCGUCGCUGGGCGCCGUGGAGCCGAGGUUGAGGGCGCGGAUUUACAAAGUCGUGUCCGAGAGUCGGGACGGAAUCCUUGCCUCUCAGCUGCCUUCCAAGUUCAAGGCUGCCUAUGGCUCCGAGCUGCCCAUGGUUCGCCUGGGGUUCACGAGCGUCUGCGCGCUCGUGUCCACGCUGGGAGCGGCGUUCGACCUCGCGCCCGCCCCCAACGGGGACUUCGUCGUCAGGAUCGCGCAAGAUCCCCGCCACCCCAAGAAGGACUCUGCUGCCAUUGAGGCAAGUCGACAGGUGCCCCACGUCACCAAGGACAUCCACAGGUCGUCGAGCUGUUUUCAAAAUCCAUCCCAGCUGCCCGCCUGCAAAGAGGAGCGCGCCGACACCGCCGAUGGACGAGCCCCUUGUGCUCAACCCUUGCGAGCGAGCAAUGGCUGUGUCGCCACGCACGCUGCACCGUCUACUGUUGCACCGUCUACUGCUGCAAAGUCUCCCGCUGCACUGUCGACUGCUGCACAGUAUUCUGCUCCACUAUUUACUGCUGCACUUUCUUCUGCUGCCCGGUUGUCCGCUCCACUAUCUACUGCUCCACUAUCUACUGCUGCACUUUCUUCUGCUCCACGGUCUCCGGCUGCACCGUGUCCCGCGUGGCCGGGGGCCUGGGUGGGGCCGGGCCUGCGGUUCCGUCGGCACGCGGUGCUGGCGCGCGAGUACUCGAUGCGUCCACUCUACGUCUCCUACAUGGACUCGCCAGGGCAGUUCUUCGUGCAGAUUUACGGCCUGGACACGAGCGAGGCCCUGGAGGACCUGGUGUUGGACAUGAAGCAUCUGUACGCGAGCCCCGACGCCGGCGCUCUGUACGCGCUGCCGGCCGCCAUGGCGCUGGAGGGGCAGGCGUGCGCCGCCCUCAACGACGACGAGUGGGACCGCGCCGUGCUGCUGGGCCCGCCGGGCCCCAACGGCGCGGUGCCCGUUUACUACGUGGACUACGGCCAGACGGGCACCGUGCAGCUCCACCACCUCCGCCUGCUGCCGUGCGCCUUCUUCUCGCUGCCAGCGCAGGCGGUGCCGGCUCGACUCGCCUGCGUCGCGCCAGCAGAGGGCUCCUGGUGCACCACCUCGCGGCGCCUCUUCCUGCAGCUGUGCCGCGACCGCGUGCUCAUGGCGAUCGUAUGCUCCGCGCGGAACGACGUGCUCUCGCUCUGCCUCUGCGACACGACGCAGAGCGAGGACCUCCACUUCAACGACCUCUUCGUGAGCCUGGGCCUGGCGCUCGCCGUGCACCCCGACCACGACUGCUACCAGGGCCUGAGCGAUGGUCACCCCCACUGGAGAUAUUUGCAAGAGGCCAGCGAUCACGCGGGCCCAGAGGAAACCGUCCCCAACUGGGUGGGCUCACGACCACUGUUUCCGCCGCCACCAACAUCACCACCAUUGCCACCGCCACCGCCGCCUCCGACGCCAACACCACGUGCUCCCAUUGCGGGUGCGGCAUCGGACCCGGUUCUCUGGAACCGUUGGUACGACAGCCUGAUUUGCGAGCCAGUCUCGUUAGACCGACCGGCGGCCCCGCUGCCGCCUGGCGCCGGUACGUCCGGCACAGCGGUCCCCGCUGCCCACGCCCACGACGGUGAACCCACCUUUGUGGACUCUGUGCCGACCCCCGUUGGCGGGCACGGCACCGUGGCCGUGCCGCCGUUCGGCCACUCAGAGAUUUCGCCGCCGCCGCCCACCACCGCCAUCGCCGCCACCAAUCCCCCCCGGUCUCCGGUUUCCCCUUCGGAACAAAACUACCGACUCUCGGCCUCGGCUCCCGGUUUCAAGAAUUCCAUCUCUGCGCUACGUUUCGCAUCGCCCCACGCAAGCGCGCCCGCGUCCACCCCCUGCGGUGGAGGCGGUGGCGGUGAUGGCGGUGGGAGCUCCGGCCCGAGUGGGCGGGGAGCGCCUGCAGCGCCAGGAUUCACAGAGACGCGCGCCCGGUUGGCAGCGUUCAUCGCCUGCAAGGGCCCCGGCCUGUGCAGCAGGCGGUCGUCCGGCCCGCCGCCGGUGGCUCGCCCGCCAGGCCGGGACGACGACCAGGCCGUGCUCCGGCCCUGCACGGAGGAGCCUGUCGGCUCGCUCGCGGUUGCUUCAUACGAUGGCGCCCGCGUGCCACCACCAACAGCGCCGUCUGUGUCGUCGUCAUCGACGGCGGCGGCGACAGCCCUGCCGCCAGGCUCGUCUGACGAGUCCAAAGCCGCGUGGCUCCCCGUCGCUGAGGAGUCCACAGGUCCACCCGCUGCUGCACCGCCGCCGCCACCGCCGCCUUGCGUGCUUGACGGCUCGCCGCUAGCCAGGACCGACGGCGGCGGUGGCCCCGCGACCCACGCGGACGCACCGCCCAGCGCGCCGUUCAAGGUCAAAAGGGUGGAGCUAGGAGGCUCGUGCCACGUCCAUGUCGUCUUCUGGAAGUCUCAGAGCUUCUGCGUGGAGUCGGAAAUCUCCUCCGUGCUCUUCCCGGAGCGCACGUUCCCCAUCGCGCAACUCGGGGACUGCAAAUCGCCACAGACGGCGGUGCUGGCGCUGCCACGGAGCUCGUGCCCCGGUCUCUUCGAGGAGAUGGCGUCGCGCGGCGUGGCCGGGGUGGCGCCCGACACGUCCGCCGUGGCGCUCUACACCGUCGUCGACGUAUGCUCGCUCCUCUGGCGGCUGGGACCGCGCCAGUGGCUGUCCUACUGCCACCUGUUGCAGGCGGCCGUCACCGCCGAGCUGUACCUGGAGGCGGCGGCGGCGGCGCAGGCGGCGCACCCCGCGGAUCUGGAUUCCACGGACGAUUCCAACGACUCGGAUGUUGAAGCGGAGAUGGCGUUGAUGGAACAGCACACCAAGUACCUGCAGCUGAAAUGGAGCUUGGAAGACACGGGGAGACUUUCGCCGGUCUGA